AAACUACCCAUACCCACAGAAGUUGCCUUCAAAACCACGCUUCUUUCAGCCCCCAAAAUACCAUUAUUUAUGGGGUUCUAUUGCUCACUUCUUCUUUUUUUCUUAACACCACCUUUCCCUCUCUCAGCUGCCAGCUUCUCUUCUCCUCUUCAAAUCUGUAAUUCUUCUAGUUAGAUUCUUGUUCAUUGUCUAGUGAUCACAGAACAGGAACUAGUUGAUGUUUCUGGCCUUUUUUUUAUUUGAUAGAGUUUACCUUCUAGGUCCCUUUUGGGUUUUGAACAGAUUAUUGUGAGUGGAGUUGUGAGGGAUUUCUGAGGUAUGGAAAACAAUUCCAUACUUAGUUGGGAUGAUGAUGAGCAGAUGGAAUUACCUCCAGGAUUUCGAUUCCAUCCAACUGAUGAAGAGCUUAUAACCCACUACCUCUCUCAAAAGGUUCUUGAUAAUUGUUUUUGUGCUAGAGCUAUAGGUGAGGUGGAUUUGAACAAGUGUGAGCCUUGGGAUUUGCCUUGGAGAGCCAAAAUGGGCGAAAAGGAAUGGUAUUUUUUCUGUGUUAGAGACAGAAAGUACCCUACUGGUUUAAGAACAAACAGAGCUACUGAUGCUGGUUAUUGGAAAGCCACAGGCAAAGACAAGGAAAUCUACAGAGCUAAAACUCUUGUUGGAAUGAAGAAGACUUUAGUUUUCUACAAAGGGAGAGCCCCUAGAGGAACAAAAUCCAAUUGGGUCAUGCAUGAAUAUAGAUUAGAGGGAAAAUACUCGGCCUAUAAUCUCCCUAAAACAGCAAAGAAUGAAUGGGUUAUUUGCAGAGUUUUCCAAAAGAGUUCCGGUGGAAAGAAGAUUCAUAUUUCAGGGUUGGGAAGAGUAAGCUCAUGUGGAAAUGAAUUAAGGCCACCGGCUCUGUUGCCUCCAUUGAUGGAUUCUUCUCCACAUAAUAGCGAGACAAGGAACUCAAGCGGCGAUGCUUCUUACGUGACCUGCUUCUCCAAACCGAUGGAGCCAAAAGAAGAUAUGGUUGAUAGUUUUAACAAUUCAUCUUCUUCCAAUAUAUCCCCUACCUCAGUUCUGAUUUCAAAAACCUCUGUUCCAAGCUCUUUCUAUUCCUCUGAAAUUUCACCAAAUUUCGCAAAUUUCCAGUACCCAGCUUGUGUUUUUACGCCAGAACAAUCCAUCUCGAGGAUGUUUCUUGAAAAUCAAGGACCAAACAUGAAGCAGAACUCAAAAAUGGAGCUUUCACAGGACACAGGCCUCAAUUCUGAUAUAUCUUCUGUAGUAAUCAACCCUGAACUGAUUCACAGGUCCUUUGAAGAUCAAGAGGCUCCUUCAAGUUGUGCUGGACCUGCAGACUUUGAUUGUCUAUGGAGUUACUGAACUUUAAAAAAGAUAAAAGAUAAAUAUAUUGAAGACCCAAAAGGACUCUAGCUUAGUUUUUUGGAUUCAUUGCUGUUGUAUAAUUGUGGUGGUGUGUAUAGAUUCCCUGCAUCCAAGUAUUGAAGGAUUUGCAUGUCGCAUAAGCUAUAAAACAACCUUUUAUUUUCAUUU